AUGUCAGUGCAAGCCGUGGAGUCUUGUACCUUUUCACAAUGUGGGUCGACAACGCUAGCCAACGCGGCGCUUAGACUAGUACGUGACUUUAUAGUGUCGGAUAACCAGGCUUUGGAAAGCUACAUUCGGUCAACACUUGGAUUCGAACAGCCCGCCGAUUCCAUUGUGGCAGGCAGAACCAGUUGGGUGACGGUGGCGGCGACUGGUUUGAAGGACCCUGAAGACUUGCAGCAGCAAUGCAGCCCGUCGACGAGCCCGUCACAAGGGGGUGAAUCUUUUGUGAGUGAAUCAACGCAUUCGACAUUAUCACCAUUAUCAAAUUCGAGAUUAGGUAUUAGCUCGACAUCAGUUGAUAUCCCAGUUGAUAUCCCACUUGGUGAACGACGGCAACUCAGCUCUACCGCCGCAGCGGCUACCACCCCAGUCAGCUCUUCCGCCGGUCGGAGUCGCACGGCACCGCGGUACCGGCGACCUGGGUUGGUGGAGGAGUUCCUAGAGGAUGAAGACACUUCGGAAGACGAAGAGGUGGUGACCCGACACCGGCAUCGAACGGGUGCGCGCCGUGCCGUGGCUUCUGGUGAGUGCUAUCGUUGUGAUGCUCGCGAAACUCCUCAGUGGCGGUACGUCCACAAAUUCCGCUUUUGUAACGCCUGCUACAUGCGAGUCAAACGGCAUACGGAACAAUCUCGUCCCGGUACAAGAGUCCCCCCGCGCUACAAACCAUUCCUAGACCCCGCCGAAGACCAGCGACUGCAAACUCUCGCUCAGGAUCUUAUCGAUCGCGCCUUCGAUAACGAAUAA